CAGAUUUUUUUUUUACAUUUUCUCCGAAAAAGUCUUAAUUCCUUCAGCCUCUUCUUCACCCACAAUCUCCUUUCUUUCACCCACAAAUUCCCAAUUUUUUUUUUUUUCUUCCUUCCGCUGAAAUUCUCUUCCCAAAAUUUUCCCACCACCCAAACACUCUUACCACCGACGAUUCUCCAAAAUGACGAAAAAGCCCCUACCCUUCCUCCUCCUCUUCGUCGUCUUGUUCUCCUCCAUUCUCAACCUCACCACCGCUGAGAUCAAAACCCUAACCAUAAAUUCCGACGCCAGGUCCAUGAUCCUCUUCGAGAAGUUCGGUUUCACACACACCGGCCAUGUCACAAUCUCGGUGAAGCAGGUCUCGGUGGUCUCCACGCGCGACACCAACGCACCCAUCGAGUCGUCGCGGCUGGGCUUCUUCCUCCUCUCUGAAGAAGCUCUCCUUCAGGUACUCAUGGAGAUGCAACAGAACCAGCAGUUCUGCGUCCUCCAUUCCCGCUACAUCCUCAACCUUUUCAAUUUCGGCGAGCUCUCUCCUCCCCCUCAGUCUUCCUUCAACCAUUCCUACCCUGUCUCUGCUCCAAACGAGUACAGUCUCUUCUUCGCCAAUUGCGUACCUGACACCUCCGUUUCCAUGGUGGUUCGGACCGAGAUCUACAAUUACGACAGCGAUGGUUCCAGGGAUUACCUCUCUGCCGGCCUCACUCAGCUCCCUACCCUCUUCUUCCUCUUCUCCCUCGCUUACUUCGCUUUCCUAGGGUUUUGGAUCUACAUCUGUUACACCAACAAAAGGUCCGUACAUCGAAUCCAUUUGCUCAUGGGUGGUUUGCUUUUGAUGAAGGCUUUGAAUCUCAUAUGUGCCGCCGAGGACAAGCAUUACGUCAAGGUUACGGGAACACCGCACGGUUGGGACGUUUUGUUCUACAUCUUUCAGUUCAUCCGUGUCGUUUUGCUCUUCACUGUCAUCGUUUUGAUCGGUACUGGGUGGUCGUUUUUGAAGCCUUUCUUGCAAGAGAAGGAGAAGAAGGUUUUGAUGAUUGUGAUCCCGCUUCAGGUUCUGGCUAAUGUGGCCUCCAUUGUGAUCGGAGAGACUGGGCCUUUCAUUAAGGAUUGGGUUACUUGGAAUCAGGUUUUCUUGCUGGUGGAUAUUAUUUGCUGCUGUGCAAUCAUUUUCCCAAUUGUUUGGUCUAUUCGUUCUUUGAGGGAGACUUCGAAGACGGACGGGAAAGCAGCUAGGAAUUUGGCAAAGUUGACCCUUUUCAGGCAGUUUUACAUUGUUGUUAUUGGGUAUUUGUAUUUCACAAGGAUCGUGGUUUUCGCGCUCAAGACCAUUGCGGCGUAUAAGUAUCAAUGGGUUAGCAAUUCCGCCGAGGAAACUGCAAGCCUUUUGUUUUACAUGGUGAUGUUCUAUAUGUUUAGGCCUGUGGAGAGGAAUGAGUACUUUGUUCUUGAUGAGGAGGAAGAAGAGGCCGCUGAGAUGGCUCUUAGGGAUGAAGAAUUUGAGCUUUGAAAUUGCAUAGAGAAGAGAGGUUUUUGCUCUCCUUUUUAUAUAUGGAUUUUGCUUAAGCAAAUGCAACAACAGUUAUGUGGGGUCCUGUAGCGGAAUGAAUUGAACGCGGUGAGUUCUGCUGCUUCAACUGUCGCCCACCCGUUUCCUUCGUUUAAUUUUUCUUCUUUUUACUUGUUUGAAGAACUUUUUGAUAAUUAAGGAAUUGUAACUCUACAUUUUCUCGAUAGAAUCCUCUAAUCCUUAUUCUGAUACUGAAUUCUGCUUCAUAGAGUUGGUUUACAGUGUUCCAUAUGUUUUUGUCUUUUUAUAUUGGUGUAUGCCAUUCAGUGGGUUGUGGUACAUUCUUUCUUUGUAGAAUUGAUCGUGUUAUAUUUUAUACUAUUAUUAUUUUUUAA